AUGGCCACAGUUGAGGGGCUGAGGAACCAAAAGUGUCCAACAGAGGGCGACAGAAGGCAGGCCCCAUCAGCGCGUCUUCAGCGCCUCUUCAGCGCCUCCAGCACCUUCGCCACUUGUGGGAUCAGCGUUUCAGAUCGCAUGCAAAUCAGGGAAGAGGAGAGAGAGCCCGUGGAAAAGCGAGGGAGAGAGCGGCACAUUCACGGAGACACAGCUCCCCAGGCCUCCCUCUUCCUUCCGGGUGUCUGCUCUCUUCCUUCUCCACUUCCAGCCGGCGGAGGCGCACACGCUCGGACCAGCACACCGGGACACAGAUGCUGGAUCCCGGCUGCAGUGUGA